AUGGACCGAAAUCUUGAGCAAAAAUCUUUUUCAGAAAAAAGGCCUCAAUCUGCGAAGGCUUCCACAUCCCACGGCCGCUAUAGCUUCUUUUUGAACCUUGACGAGCAAGCUCCUUACAUGCCAAACACCGCAUACUCAGCAAGAAUGAGUCCCUAUAGAACUUCUACAUCUCAACUAUACACAGAACGGCAAGCCUACACAGACCGGAUAACUCCUAUUGAUCUCAAUUAUGAAAAAAACCUAGACGAUUUAAGGAGACAGAUUUCCUAUCUGCGCCGACAAAUUGAUGAAAAUAACACAGCCUAUAUCCAAGAUUUAUCAACCCAAAAGCAAGAAUACGAAAAGCAAAUUGAUUUUAUCCAAAGAGAAAAAGAGCUUGAAUGCAUAAAUUUAAAGCAGAGGCUGAACGAGGUCGAAAAUCUGGCUGAAAAAGAAAGAAAAAUCGGCGAAGAAUACCGAGUCCAGCAUUUUGGCUUAUUAAGUUUAAAUUCCAAUCUGCAAGAAAGAAUAAAAACACUUGGACUAGAAAUCGAGCAGCUAAGCGAAGACAAAGAAGCUCUAAAAAAAGAAAUAGAAGACUUGAAAAUAGAAAAAAAUGACUUAAUAGGAAAUCAUCAUAAAAAAGUGGGAGAAAUCCAAGAAGAUUUCAAUAGGUCCGAACGAGAGUACAGAGAAGUCUACCAGAAAUUAGAAAGCGUAAUAGAAGAGCAAAGUCAGCAAGUCAAGUCUUUAGAACGAGUAAUAAAAGAAAAUAAGGCAAACUAUGAGCGAGAUAUCAGCAACUUAGAAGAGAUGCUGAAUUCUACAAGAAGGCUUUUAGAGCUUCGAGAAAAAGAUGUGAAGGAUUUGCUGUGAAAUGAAGAACAGUACAAAGCAAAAAUUGACACCUUAGCUAACGAAAGUUCAUAUUCAAGGUAUGAAUUUGAUCAGAUUCAUAAGCAAAAUCUGUCACUAAAACAAGAGGUAGCUAACCUUAAAAAGCAACAAUUAAGAAAAGCUAAAAUAUAUACCGUCUCAGUCUAUAUAAUCAGUUUUAUCCCUAUUAUGUAUUUUUAUUAAAAUUAAAUAAUUAAGGGAUAAUUUAA